AUGAUCCCGCGCCUCGGAUCGCUCUCGACCUCGGCGCGCAGCGCGCACCGCCUCAACAUCGCGCCGCCCUACUACUACGUCGAGCUGCCAAAGACGGGCCUCAAGCUGGUCAUCUGCGACAAGCCCGCGUCCGGCGCGGGAUACAAGAACGUGAUCGAGCUCAUGGACAAGUUCGCCGCGGCGCAGCUGCGCUCGCGCAAGGCGCGGCGGUUCACGUACGCCGCGGCGAUCCUCUCGGAGAUCGCGCACGUCUCGGAGACGCCGCUGGAGCCCAGCCACAUGCUGGUCAAGCUGGUCCUGGCAGAGGAGUCGAGUAUCCCGCAGGCCAUCAGCGCGCACGUGUACCUCACGGGCGCCGUACCGAGCGCGGCGUAUGACACCGCGUCCAUCUAUUGGAACGACGUCGAGGAAAUUGCGGAGCACGAGAUCUGGGCCAUGCGCGAGGCCUCCGAGCUGGCCGAGAGCACCAGAGGCUGAGGACUCAUGCAAUCACGCACCUACCAUGAAGCCUGAUUCUUGCAUCGGACAGGUUCUGGUGCGAGAUCAACAGGGUGAAGAGUAGGCGUUCAUCUGCCAAACUAGCGCAGGGCAACGGACCCCAGAGCUUGAGCAGUAUCAUGAUGUGUAAUGGUUACCUCAGUGAGGGCGUACGAUGGCGGCGGAACCCCGACGAAAGCAGUAAAACCCUGGAGGAUUACCGAGUUGGGCCUACGAUGUAUACAAUAUCAUUGUUAUGUAGCAUAUAGCUUUCCGAUUGUUGUAUCACAUGUGAUGAUAAUUACCUCUGUUGACUAAU